UUGGAGCUACAGUGGAUUCGGGCUGGAAUUUUCUGACGCCGUAUGUUUUUCUUAAAAUAUUGGAUUUUGUCUAUCGUUUGGGGUCCGUCAACCACCUGCGAUCGGUGCCCUAAACGACAGUGACAAUGAUGAACUCUAGUGUCGACCUAUCCCGGCGGAAUCCGCAGGAGGAUUUCGAGUUGAUCCAAAGGAUAGGAAGCGGCACAUACGGAGAUGUGUACAAGGCACGUAAUGUCAACACAGGCGAGCUGGCUGCUAUCAAAGUCAUCAAACUGGAACCUGGGGAAGACUUUGCAGUUGUCCAGCAGGAGAUCAUCAUGAUGAAGGAUUGUAAACACUCCAACAUUGUAGCGUAUUUUGGGAGUUAUUUACGGAGGGAUAAGUUAUGGAUAAGUAUGGAGUACUGCGGGGGUGGCUCUCUACAGGAUAUCUAUCACGUUACUGGGCCUUUGUCAGAGUCACAGAUUGCCUACAUGUCACGGGAGACCCUACAGGGUUUAUAUUAUCUUCAUAGCAAAGGCAAGAUGCACAGGGACAUAAAGGGAGCCAACAUCCUCCUGACUGACAAUGGCUAUGUUAAACUAGCGGAUUUUGGUGUAUCAGCCCAAAUCACAGCAACGCUUGCCAAGAGAAAGUCAUUUAUUGGAACACCGUACUGGAUGGCUCCUGAAGUGGCAGCGGUCGAACGGAAAGGAGGUUACAACCAGCUUGAUAUCUGGGCUGUGGGCAUCACUGCCAUAGAGCUUGCUGAACUACAACCACCCAUGUUUGACCUGCACCCUAUGAGGGCUCUAUUUUUAAUGACCAAAAGUAAUUUUCAACCUCCAAAAUUAAAAGACAAAAUAAAAUGGACAAACAAUUUCCAUCACUUUGUAAAGCUUGCGCUCACUAAAAACCCAAAGAAGAGACCCACAGCUGAAAAACUACUACAGCACCCAUUUGUGUCUCAGCCCCUCAGUCGGACCCUGGCCAUUGAGCUGCUGGACAAAGCGAACAAUCCCGACCACAGCUCCUUCAAUGACAUUGAUGAUGAUGACCCCGAGCCAGAGUCUCCCGUGUCCGUCCCCCAUCGUAUCCGCUCCACCAGCAGGAGUACUCGGGAAGGAAAGACGCUAUCAGAAAUUAACUUUGGCCAGGUGAAAUUUGACCCUCCGUUGAGAAAGGAAACAGAGCCCCACCAUGAGCCUUGUGAUUCUGAGCCCUAUCUGGACUGUGUCGAGGAGCACUACUAUACCGCAAGACCUAAUCUGGAAUUGCAGUUGGAGUAUGGACACGAUUCACCAAGUCUAUUGGGAGGAAACAAUAAGAGUCUGCUGAAGUCUGUAGAGGAGGAGCUGCUGCAGAGGGGCCAUGUGGCACACUUAGGGGAUGAUGAGGAUGAGGAUGGUGCUGAUGAUGAAACUCACACUCAUAAAUCCAGCACUAUCAUGAGGCCAAAAGUACCCCCUCCACUUCCUCCUAAGCCCAAGUCCAUCUCCACUUCCACACCACCACCACAACCGAAACUGAAACCAGACGACAGCCAAUCACACAGCGAGGACGAUGGGGGCGGGACAAUCAAGCGUUGCCCCAUCCCGGAGACUCCAAGCCCAGCCAAACCCUCGAAUGUACCCCCACGACCCCCGCCCCCAAAGCUGCCACCCCACCGGCGCAGUAGCCUAGGUAACGAGAGCACGACCCGCUCGGAAGUGGAAAACUCUGCCCCAGAGGAUGAUGGGAGCUUUAGGCAUUUCUGGGAAUGGCUUCACACGCCUCACACAGAGGAGGAGCUAGAGGAGGCUUGGGAGGUGCUGAAGGAGGUCAAAGAGGAGCAGGAGAAAGAAAAGGAAAAAGCCAGUAAUGGUUUGAGUGCUGCACACAAUGGGGAGAGGGACAGUCCUGCAGAGAGGCAGUCCACAAUGCCCCCUAGUGUCCCAGUACGGAAAGACAAGAAGGAUGUCCCGAUGCCUGUCAGCAAUGGCCUUCCACCUACACCUAAAGUCCAUAUGGGUGCCUGUUUCUCCAAGGUGUUUAAUGGAUGUCCCUUAAAAGUCCAUUGUGCCACUUCUUGGAUUAACCCAGACACAAGAGACCAGUAUUUAAUAUUUGGUGCGGAGGAGGGCAUCUACACAUUAAACCUUAAUGAGCUGCACGAGACUACCAUGGAACAGCUCUUCCCUCGCCGGUGUACCUGGUUGUAUGUCAUGAACAACUGUCUUCUGUCUAUAUCUGGAAAAGCCUCUCAGUUAUACUCGCAUAACCUAAGUGGUCUAUUUGAACAGGCCAGACAGUUACAGAAGUUACCUGUAGCCAUUCCUACACACAAGUUGCCUGAUAAGAUGAUUCCCAGGAAGUUCGCUGUGUCCAAUAAAAUUCCAGAUACAAAAGGGUGCCAAAAGUGUUGCGUAGUGCGAAAUCCAUACACAGGUCAUAAAUACCUCUGUGGAGCCUUCCAGUCCAGUGUCAUGCUGUUGGAGUGGGUGGAGUCCAUGCAGAGGUUCAUGCUCAUUAAGAACAUAGACUUCCCGUUGCCAUGCCCACUGGAGGUGUUUGAGAUGCUGGUGGUACCGGAGCACACAUACCCUUUGAUCUGUGUGGCCGUCACUAAAGGCACAGAGCUCAACCAGGUCGUCAAGUUUGGCACAGUCAACCCCAAUGCCACAUCCUCCUGGUUCACAGAAACAGAUACCCCACAGUCUUGUGUAAUCCAUGUUACUCAGUUAGAAAGGGACACCAUUCUCGUCUGCCUUGACAGAUGCAUAAAGAUUGUCAACCUUCAAGGGCGGUUAAAAUCCAGCCGUAAACUCUCGGCGGAGCUGACCUUUAACUUCCAGAUUGAGGCAAUAGUAUGUCUACAGGACAGUGUGCUGGCUUUCUGGAGACAUGGCAUGCAAGGAAGAAGUUUCAAGACCAAUGAGAUCACACAGGAGAUCUCUGACAGCACACGGAUCUUCAGACUUCUGGGAUCAGACAGGGUGGUGGUGUUGGAGAGCAGACCUACGGACAACCCCACGGCCAACAGUAAUCUCUACAUCCUGGCCGGCCAUGAAAACAGCUACUGAGAAGUACCAACACUUGUACAUGGACACUAAAAGCCACAUUGCACCCGACCACUAAAACAAAACCUGGGAGCGGGCUGCUGGGGAAAACCUCCUUUAAGCAAACACUACUCAGUAUUUAACUGCAAGGCUAUCUGCUAAUGUAAGUGACUGUGUGGAUUUCCAGAUAUUGGGCUGAGGUGCAACAAACAGUGAGGGUCAGUACAAGCUCAUAAAGAAGCUGAAUGAACAAAGUGAGCUGAGAAUCUGGUGUCCUUCAUUUCUGAGUCCAUCCUCCCCGGAGGAAGUAAAGAAUCAACACUACUUCUACAGCUCCCCCUGCACAUGUUACUACUGCUACUAGUGCUAGCUUCACAGACAAGCCAUGUUGCACACCUAACCACCCUUUAUUGUCUCUCUUUGUUUUGUUUUGUUUUUUUCUUUUUCCUUUUUUUAAACACCUUUUAUUUAUUGUACCAUAAGUAACAACCACAAUGGCUUUCUGUUUUUAUUGUUUUUAUAAAAAAAAGAUUUACGCUUCAUCACUUCUGCUAGCAUCAAUGUGCUGUUCCCACACAAGUGCUUGAUUGACCUCUAUUUAAUUGUUGUAAAUAUAAAUGUAGUAUUUUUGACAAACACUAAGAGACUGGUCAUGUAGACAGUGUGUGUAUAACUAUCCAACUGUCGACACAAACAGUAAAACGCCGCAGGUGCACAAGACAUUUCAGAAGUGGAAUACACACUUCCUGGUUAUGCCAUCAUCGGGACUACAGAUAACCAUUAAAGUCUUUUUGAGUAACUGUCACUGCUAAUGCGCUUGAUAUGGACUGUGUAAAGAAGACUCACCGUGAUUGGUUGUUCAUUAUGCAUGUGUCACCAUGGUAACCUCCUUUUGUGUGCACCAAAGCAGCGUCAACGUGACACUGAGUGUCAUGGCUGCUUGUAUUUAAGUUUCUCGUCUCAUCAGAAUUGUUUUUAUGUUAAACUGUAUUAAUCAGAAAACACCCUUUUAGUUUUGUUUUAUGUUCAUUGAACCACUGGUGUUAAACAUUUUGCACAAGGACAAAGGUAUUGAUAAACAAAUGUGAUGUCAUUCUAAAUAUGACCUUGUGUGUGCGCAUGUGUGGAUGUGUGUGAGCGAGUAGACGGUGUGCACAUAACCGUGCAUGAUGUACAGAUUUGAUUUCUAACAUGAUUCUGCUCCUCGGUAGCAAUUUAAACAAAUGCAAAUGGCAGAAGUCAAGACUAAAUAUUAGGUUCCCUGUCUAUGCUUAGCCUGUAGAAGCUAUCUAAUAUUUAUUGGGAAUAUGCACAUUAAAAUGGUAGGAAAGGUUACUUGUACCAUCAUGUAAAUUUGCAAUGCAGAUGGCAAUUUAGUCUUUUAUUGGAACACAUUAAUCAGUGAGUCUCCUGGUCAAGUGUGAGCCACCAUUUCAGAAUAUUCAACAUGUUGUGUUGAUGGUUAAAGUGAUUAUAAAUUGCAAUUCAUAGUUCUUGGUUUAAAGUUAUCAGAAGUUCAUAAAUCAAAACAUGCAGAUAUUUAUGUGUUUAGUCUACAUGAGGCAUUACCAACCAUUUAUCCCAUUUCUAACACUAGAGGUCACUCUAUCAAACACUUAAUUUAUUCUGUGUCCUCAGUAAAGUCAUAACAAGCAUUCUUCCACUCACAAAACAUCUAACUUCCUAUUAGUGUAAUCUAAAUUAUGCCGCCCAUAGAUUUUCAACAAAUACACAGUACUUCUGUUUACAGUGGUCAGAACUAGAGAUUAAAUUAAGCAGACUGUUAUGUGUCAAUAGUAUUUAUUGUCUUAUAUUAAACAUUCCUUUUAAUUUACAUAUUCACCAGUGAACGUCUAAAAUCCUGUAAUGUCAAAUAUUUACUUUCUAAGUUUUCAGAUGUUCCUGGAAAGUUAAUUGUGGUUUAUCACUAACUCAUAUGUUUUUAUUGACUUUUUUAUUGACCUAAGGAAUCAAUUUAAAUAUUUUACAGUUUAUUGUGCAAAAACAUUAAAGAGUUUCUAUUUAAUUAAAGAUGUCUACCAACAUAAAACCAGCCAUGUUUGGGCUGCAUGCUAAUAUAAUUGGACAUGUAGGGAGUAUGUGCAAAAGUAAUUGUAAUAAUGAUUAGUGUGCCCCCUGCUUUUCCCUCACUAUGGUCUUCAGUUUUCAUAACGCAAUGCACACGUAAUGAAUGUAAAUAUUGUAAGAUAAAAUGGGUUUGUUUUACAUACUGUAUAAUUGCCUAUAUUUUGUUUCAGAUGUGUAACAGAUUUAUGAGACGGCAGGUUAACACAUUAAAAAGACAGAAGUGAA